AUGUCUGACCCAAUAAACGCCAACCCAACGGUCAUCGACGUUUCAAGUUUGCCUACACGUCUUGAUGUGGGUACGAAGAAAGCAGAUCCUGGCCAAGAGCUCGUGGAGAAGAUUGUAGCCUUGUCCUUAAAGACCCCUUUGGUGAACACUGCUGCUUCUGAUGAAGAAACCCCUGAUUUGAUAUCUGACGCCGGCGAAUUCACUGAGGAAGAAUUGGACGAGGAGGAAGAGGAUCCUAUCGAUGCACAGGAAGUGUUUGAUCUCAUCGCAACCAUCUCAGACCCGGAACAUCCUUUGACGUUGGCCCAGUUGGCUGUGGUUAAUCUACCGGAUAUAAAAGUGACUCAUGGCGCUACAAAGAGAGACCUCUCUGAGGUUCUUAUAAAGAUCACUCCUACCAUUACCCACUGUUCCUUGGCAACGUUGAUCGGGCUUGGGAUCAGAGUCCGCUUGGAACGUUGUCUCCCACCAAGAUUCAGGAUCAGAAUCCUUAUCAAAGAGGGUACUCACCAGUCUGAGAAUCAGGUUAAUAAACAGCUCAACGAUAAGGAAAGAGUGGCUGCUGCAUGUGAGAACGACCAGCUUCUAAGCGUCAUCUCUCAAAUGCUCUCUACAUGUAAGUAA